AGCAGGACGAAUAAUCAACAACAAAAGUUGGUACUCAUUCCGGGACUCCGGGUGCCAGCCAAGCCCAGGAAGCGCCGGCCCGGUACCUGCCAGCCAGAACUAGCGUACAAGAAGAAUAGGCAGCACAGUGUUAUGAUCCAGACCCAAGAGAACUCCAGAACUCGGUGUGAGCAAAGCAAAAGCGAUCGGGAAAGAAAACGGUGGUUUCCACGGUUUCCGUGGCGCCGCCGCGUCGUACGUGGACGAAACCCACAGCAGUCAGCCAACAAACAGCCUCGUCUCGUCUUCUUCUUUAACACACCAAAGCUAUCUAUCUAGGCUUCGUUCUCCUCCUUCGGACUCUCCCUUUCUUCUCCUUCCGAUCGCUUUCCUCCGGCCGAAAGAAACUCAUCUGCGCGCCACUCCCCGUCCCCGUUUGGUCCUUUGUUAGUUAUCCAUUUUCUUGGUUCUGACCUUUGGGGGCAAUGGAUAGAUAGAUUAUAAGAUAGGCGGCCACCCGCUGAACGCAGAACCUGAACAAAUCCCAUCUGGCCAUCUCUGUUUUCCUGCCAAAAUUCAACCCUCGCCUGAAUUUCCUGAUAACUUCUCGUUGUUUAUUGAGAUUUUGCGGAGAAAAUCUAUCCAUCUAUCCAUAUAUAGGUAUGUUGGGAAACUGGCGGCGACCUGUUUGGCUUUUUGCCUCCUCCAGCUCCUCCUGAGUCUCUGUCGACUGCCUGACAGGCGGGCGGUCGGGCGAGCAGUCUCUGUCGCCGCCGCCGAUAGCCGCAGCGUCUAGUCGUUCUCUCGUCUCGUUCCUCUCUUUCCGGCGGGCCGCAUGGAGCCGCCGCCGAAGCAGAGGGCGGCGAGGCACGGCGACGAGAGGAGGCGGCCUUCGCUGGCGGCGGCGGCGGCGGCGGAUGACGCCGUUUCCGCCGCCGCUGAGGAGUACGACCCCUGGACGGCCUGGCUCUACAAGCCGCGCACCAUCUCCGUGCUCCUCGUCGGCGCCUGCCUUCUCAUCUGGGCAAGUGGAGCUCUAGAUCCAGAGGGCGCUUCCUCUCACACCAGCGUGACAUCUGUUAAGAGGGGUGUCUGGGCUAUGAUUGCGGUCUUCCUUGCCUACUGCACACUCCAAGCACCAUCAACGAUACUUAUUAGGCCCCAUCCUGCUGUUUGGCGUCUGGUGCAUGGGCUGGCGGUUGUUUACCUUGUUGCUCUUACAUUUCUUCUUUUCCAGAACCGUGACGAUGCUCGGCAGUUCAUGAAACACCUUUACCCUGAUCUUGGAGUCGAAUUACCGGAGAGAUCCUAUGGAGCUGAUUGCCGUCUGUAUGUUCCAGAAAACCCUAAAAACAAGUUCAUAAAUAUUUAUGACACAUUGUUUGAUGAAUUUGUUGUGGCCCAUGUCUUGGGUUGGUGGGGAAAGGCUGUAAUGAUACGAAACCAAUCCCUCCUAUGGGUCUUGUCAAUUGGCUUUGAGCUAAUGGAGCUUACGUUCCGACAUAUGUUGCCAAACUUUAAUGAGUGUUGGUGGGAUAGUAUUAUCUUGGACAUCUUGAUCUGCAAUUGGUUUGGUAUUUGGGCGGGAAUGCACACGGUCCGUUACUUUGAUGGUAAAACGUAUGAAUGGGUUGGACUGAGCCGACAGCCCAGCAUCAUGGCGAAGUUGUCGAUAUUGUCCUUAUCACAAAUAGUCCAGGUGAAAAGAUCAUUGAGCCAGUUCACUCCGGCACAGUGGGACAAGGAUCAAUGGCAGCCCUUCAUGGGGCCGCUACGGUUCGUCCAAGUGCUGUUCCUCUGCGUCGUUUUCAUGAUGGUGGAGCUCAACACAUUUUUCCUCAAAUUCUGCCUCUGGAUCCCUCCAAGGAAUCCCUUGGUUGUGUACAGAUUGAUCCUUUGGUGGCUGAUUGCUAUUCCGACCAUCCGCGAGUACAACUCCUACUUGCAAGACAGGAAACCAGUGAAGAAGGUUGGUGCCUUCUGCUGGCUCUCUGUAGCCAUAUGCAUAGUGGAGCUUCUUAUCUGUAUGAAGUUUGGGCAUGGACUGUUCCAUGAUCAAAUGCCUACUUGGCUUGUCAUUUUCUGGAGCUCAGCCGGGAUAGCCCUCGUGAUUUUCUUGCUUGCUUGGUCAUGGAGGAACCACCAGAAAUUCCGGAGAAAGAUGCUCUAAUAGUUACUACACUCACCAUCAGAAAUGUUUCUACUCCAAUCUAAAUGAAAGCUGUUUUUGUCUUUGUUUCCACGUUUGGUACAUAGGCUGUAUAUAGGUGAUGUAACUUUAGAUCUUAGGGGCAGGAACUUGCUUCGUCACGAUAGCACAUUGUUUACCAGCAUCGUAAGAUUGGAUAGAUUCAAAAUCAGUAAUAAAUAUAUGAAGGCAUGGUUCUAAGUAACGAGCUAGUAAAUCAAGACUGCGACAUGAUCUGGAUUAUUAA